GGGCAGGCUGUCUGUGGCCAAGCAUGGAUGGUUGCUGGAGAUAGCCACCCUCUGAGGCCAGCACCAACACAACAACAUGCUGGCAGUUUAACACUUGCCUUGUGCUUUUUGUUUUUUAUUCAGAUUUUUUUUCUUGCAUGGACUUAGGUCUGUUGCUUUACAAUGGAGCUGGGAAAAGUUCAUUUGAAUCUAAAGACACUUCUGCUGACAAUGAUGAUGUUCAAGUGGGGAACUCUCUGCUCGGCCACAUCUGAAAAAUGUUUGUCUGCACCCUGCCAGAAUGGGGCUACCUGUGUGGACACCAUGGAUGACUACGCCUGUAUUUGUGCCAGAGAAGGUGUACUAUACAUGGGUAAAAACUGUGACGAACUUUACAACGGCUGCUCCUUUGUGCCAUGUAAAAAUUGCUCCAGCACCCCGGGAACAAUGGAGUACCACUGCAUAUGCCCAGAUGGACUAACAGGAGACAACUGCACUGAGGAGGUGGAUGAGUGUCUGAGCAACCCUUGCUCUGAGCCCCGUUCCCUGUGUGUAGACCAGAUGCGUGGAUAUUUCUGCAGGUGUCCGGCUGGAUACGGAGGUCAGGACUGCAGGACACAUGUGACUGACUGCAUUGACAGACCCUGCAUGAAUAAUGGCACUUGUGUGCUGCAACCGAAUGGUUUUGAAUGCCACUGUGCACCAGGGUUCAAGGGAAGGAUCUGUGAGGAAGAUGUGAAUGAGUGUUUAUCAGAACCCUGUCAGAAUGGUGCCAUCUGUAUUGAUGGGGUGGGAGAGUACCAUUGUUUCUGUGUGCCCGGUUUUCAAGGCCACAACUGUGAAAUAGACAUUAAUGAGUGUGCUUCUCAACCCUGUGAGAACAACGCUACCUGCAUCAACGAGAAAGACCAUUAUGAAUGCGAAUGCAUGGUGGGCUUCACAGGAGUCAACUGUGAAACUGAAUUAGACGAGUGCGACUCCCAUCCCUGCCAAAAUGGAGCCACUUGCCAUGAUUUAACUGGCAUGUACUCUUGUGACUGCCUGCCUGGCUUUGAUGGCAUCAACUGUGAGGUUGAUAUUGAUGAGUGCGCCAGCCAGCCCUGUCAGAACGGAGCAUUCUGCAAUGACAUGGUAAACAGCUAUGAAUGUGACUGCAGUGACACAGGAUUUGAGGGUGAACACUGUGAAGUGGAUAUUGCUGAGUGUGCCUCGGAUCCCUGCCAGCAUGGUGCCACAUGUUUAGAAGAAGUCAAAGGAUAUGUGUGUUUGUGUUGGCCAGGUUACGAAGGAGCUAACUGUGAAGUUGACAUUGAUGAGUGCGCCGAGCAGCCCUGUCAGAAUGAUGGGGAGUGUUUUCAGCGUUCAGACCCUUCUCACUGGGAGCUGGACUGGGAGCUUAGCUUUGCAGAUGCAGCUGGCUAUAUCUGCCAGUGCCAAGGAGGUUUUGCAGGAGAGAACUGUUCCAUAAAUAUAGAUGAAUGUGAAUCUGAACCCUGUCAGAAUGGAGGUGCAUGUGAGGAUAAGACCAAUGGCUAUGUUUGUGUGUGCCCUGCUGGAUUCUUAGGUGAGCUGUGUGAAUUCAACAUUAAUGAAUGUGAGAGCCAGCCCUGUCAGAAUGGUGGCUGGUGUGAAGACGGUAGAGCGUCGUACACCUGUCACUGUCCUGACACUCCGCCGGGGGACCUUCCGUGGGGGGGCGAUCGCUGUGAAGUCAAACUCCACGGAUGUGUUGGCCACAAAUGCCAGAAUGGAGCCAGCUGCCUUCCGACAUUGGAGGAGGGAAAGCACAGCCACGCUUGCUUGUGUCCGCACGGCUUCUAUGACGAGCAGUGCUCCACCAGGACGACGUUUUCCCUGUCCACCCCUGGGUUCAUUCACCUCCAGGUUUCUAUCAAAGAAAAAAUCCGCAGGGAGGUUGAGCACCGUGUUCACAAAGGUUCGGGCUUACAGCUUCGCUUCAGGACAACCUUACCCAACAUGUUGAUCUUCUACAGAGGCGACGUGGAUAACUAUCUUCUCCUGGAGAUUGUCAACGGUGGCCUUCAUGCAAGAGCUUUUUCUGAAGACUCUGAACUGGACGUAACCUUUCCCGGCCUGGUUAGUGAUGGAGACUGGAGGGACGUUCAUGUGUUUUUGGAUGACGCAGGUCUAUUUUUGAUCCUGAAAGGUCCUGACUGUGAAAGAGACGGAUGCACGGUCACAGAUGGUGGUGACGGGGAACCUCCUUUCCAGCCAUCAAAAGCCUUUACGGAUGUUUACAUAGGGGGAGCGCCACAAGAGCUGUUGGAGCUCUCUUUAAGUGGUGCAGGAUUCCUUGGAUGUAUUGAAGACCUUUUGAUUGAUUCGAAACCUAUUCUACCUCAAGCACUUCCAGAGGACCAGGAUUUUGAGCUAGGGUGUUCCAAGACGGAAUGGUGCAAACCGGAUCCUUGUAAUGGGCACGGCCACUGUGUGGAUCUGUGGACUAGCUAUCAGUGUGACUGUUCCCGUCCCUUCCAUGGGGAGAGCUGCUCUGAAGAAUAUUUUUCAUGGACCUACAGCCACGAGGACACCGUGAGUUUUAGCUCCUAUGACAUCAAGGAGAGCCGUGGAAGCAACUUCAGUGUCUCUUUUUUCCUGAAGUCCUUAAAGCCAGAUGGGUUGCUGUUCCAGCUGAGAAGACCCUCUGCAGAAGAUGACGGGGAGGUCUACUUUUCAGUCUACCUGAGGAUGGGGAGGGUUUUUGUCAGCUCUCUGCCCGACAGCUCCCCGCUGUCAGCUCCAGUGUUUGUUGCCACUGGGGAGAAGCAGUUUCUCUCUGUGGAAGUCAAACACACACAUGUGAUCUUUGAUCACGCAGGCCUGAACUACAGAAUAGGGGAGGUCCCCGAGGUGACCGUUAGCAGCGGAGAUAAGGCUUACGUUGGGGGGCUUCCAGAAGGGUGGGACUCUGAUUGGUGGGGCGGCCAUUUUAAAGGCUGCCUGCAGGACUUUCGUCUGGACUCUGCACAUCUGGACCCCGGUGGCUGGAGCAGCUCGGAUGGAGCAGCGUAUGUUUUGAGCGAAGCUGAAAAUUGGAAGAAAGGCUGCAUCAGUGACGAUACCUGCAAGACCAAGCCCUGUCAGAAUGGAGGAGGAUGCUCCAUCACCUUCAACGAUUUCAUCUGUUCCUGUCCAGAGGAAUACACAGGAAAGACCUGCCAAACACGCGUUUGGUGCGUCAGCAACCCGUGUGUCCACGGGGGUUUGUGUGUGGACCUUCCUGAUGGAUAUGAAUGUUUGCACAACGCCACGUUCGAGAGCAACCCAGUGCAGUACAGCGCCGGAGGCUCCCUGGCUGAACCCAUCUCUCACAUUUACAUGGAGCUGAGGACCCGCUCAGAGAACGCUGUGCUCCUGCGGGCCUCCUGGGGAUCCAGCCUGCUGGUGGUGGGCAUCCUGGAUUUCUCCGUCUGGGUGGAGAUCCAGAGUGACAGCGGCAUCAAGCCGCUGACCGUUAAAGGAGUCCGUCACGUGGCUGACGGGCGCUGGCAUCGCGUGAACAUCUCCAUGGCUGACUGGAAACGGAAAGCCUCCCCGUGGGUCGUCGCUGUGGACGGAAUCACGGACGCCGGCAGCAAGCAGGAGCGCGCCGGGAGUCUGGGCUUCCUCAACAAGAAGGGGGCCCUGCUGGCCGUCGCGGACAGCUUCACCGGCUGUUUGGGCGCGGUGAGGCUCGGGGGGGUCUACCUCCCCUUCGGAGACGACCUCAAAGCGCCGCAGCCGUCGCAGUUUCACGUAGUCGGAAAACCGAAAAUCCGCCUGGGCUGCAGCGGCGCGGCGGUUUGCGACUCUGGUCCCUGUCUACACGGAGCCACGUGUGAGGACUUGUUCAACAGGUUCGGCUGUGUGUGUGACACCGGCUGGGAGGGAGAUCGGUGCGAGACGGACACCGACGACUGUGCGUCUCAGCCCUGCGUUCACGGCAGCUGUAAGGACCACUUAGCCAGCUUUGAGUGCCGCUGUGAGCCGGGGUAUGCUGGCGCGCUGUGCGACGAAGAUAUCGACGAGUGUGCGCUUCACCCCUGUGAACAUGGGGGGAGCUGUCAGGACGGGCUUAACACGUACACCUGUGUGUGCCCCGAAGACUACAGUGGCCCGCGCUGCCAGUGGGACUAUCCUCCGUUGCAGUGCAACACAGAUGUCCAGUGUGCAAAUGAUGGAAUAUGCAGCGAUGGGCCGUGGGGAGCGAACUGCACAUGCAUGCCAGGGUUCACGGGCAGCAGGUGUGAAACGGAGAUCGAUGAAUGCAACUCUAACCCCUGUCGGAACGGCGGCUCCUGUCUGGAUCGGUUCAACAUGUUUGUGUGUGAAUGCCCAUCUGGAUACAGCGGCCCUGUCUGCGAUGUCAAUAAGGAGGCCCACAAACAGGGAAUCCCCUGGCUGAUGGUGGUUAUCCCGCUGCUCUGCCUCUGCGUGGUGGUCCUGAUCAUCGGGUUGACCUUCAUGCUGCUCACCGCAAGGAAGAAGCGGCAGUCAGAGGGGGCCUACAGCCCUAGUGCCCAGGAGCUGGCUGGAGCCCGGCUGGAGAUGGACAGCAUGCUGAAAGUGCCACCAGAGGAACGACUCAUCUGACUCCAGGCCGCUGGACGAAAGGAGUUAGAUGUGACCUGAAAGCUGCGGGACAACCUGACCAUUCCAAGGAAAGGUCCAGCCUCCACGACGACGCCAGCAGUCACUCAUCCCAUAAACGUGGGUUAUGGCAGAGCCUUCCACUAGUUGUCUACCAACGCUGUGAGGACUGUGUCUGCAGCAUCUCAGUCUCCUGAUCACAGCAUGUGCUGUACACCAGACCUCUGACUUAAAUCCCCCAGCUUAAGCUGUUUUCCUCACGAUGACACCAGAACAUUCAGACACCUUCCGGAGGUGAACGUCAAGCAGCUGCUGAAUUAGUGGAGAGGUUCCUCUGUGCAACAUUCAUGAAGAUGUCAGUUGUUUUUAUUUUCUCUGUUAAACACGGUUCAUGUAUACCGAAUGGUUUUAUACAGUGCCUUGCAAAAGUAUUCGUACCCAUCUGCCUUUCUGGAAAAGUUACACGAAGAAAGCCGUUAUUGAAAGAAGCUCUGUCUACAUUUCGCCAAAAGCCACGUAGAGGACACAUGGAGCAUGCAGGAGAAAGUCUGGUAGGCAGAGAAUAAUGUGUGGAGGAGAACCAACACUGCACAGCCACCCUGAACAUGCCACCCCCAGCGUGAAACAUAGUGGUGGCUUCACCAAGCCAUGGGGAUACUUUACCUGAACAGAGACAGAGAAGCUGAGUCAGAGUUGAUGGAUGGAGUUAAAUUCAUGAAAGCCCUGGAAAGAAAACUUGUUUUCUACAAACAAGCAGGACAGCCACAGGAAACGUGCAGCUAGAGCUGCCAUUGGCUGGUUUAGAUCAGAUCACACUCAUGUGUUCGACUGGCCAAGUCAAAGACAAGACCUGAGUCUUUUUGAUACUCGUACAUCUUUUUCUAAGACGUUCUGCCUCCAGUUUUACUUGAGCUUGAGAAAUUUUGAAUGGGCAAAAAAUCUCAGUCUCUAGAAGGACACACUGGCAGAGACAGACGCCUUCGGACUCUCAGCUGGAAUGGCAGAGAAAGGUGAUGUCUGAACUUCAGCUCAGAGAAGCUGAAUACAAAUACAUGCCACAUUUUCCAGAUUUAUACUAUGGACAGCUG